GUGAGCUCGCGGGUUUCUACGUCGACAGCGUUUGCGUGCAUCGUGCUGGCAGCGUGCAAGCCACCAUGCGUGUAACUGUAGCAUUGGGCUGCGCUGCAAGCCAUGCCUUCCGACCACCGCUCCCACGCAAACUGCCGACCACGACACGCACUGCCAUCGACGACCUCUACACGUCCAAGGGCGUGACGACCACUACCACGCGCGCUGCCGUCGCGCCGCCGCCAGGCAAGAGCUGGCGCACGAAGGAAGGCCCACAAUCAACACUCAUCGCCGGCGGCGGCCCGGCCGGGUUAUUAACGGCAAUAGCCUUCGCGAAGCGCGGCUGGACGAACAUAAGGGUCGUGGACAGAUUAAGGGAGCCCUACGAUCCGGGGGAUGAGCUCAUCUGGUCCGACGCCGCGCGCUUCUACCUCGUCGGUCUUGGACUAAGGGGCCAGACGGCGCUGACGGAGCUCGGCGCCUGGGACACCGUACAAAGCUACUGCGCCGAAGUUGUAGGGAGGAAGGACUGGGCGCCGGGCGCCGGCCCCGACGAAGGCGUCGAGCGCAUUUUUACGGACCGGCCCGUGUCGACGCAGGUCAUUGCCAGGGACCGCAUGCAAGGUGCUUUGUAUAAAGUCGCGAAAGAGAAAUACGGAUCUCAAAUUAACUUCGACUGGGAGACCGAGGUCGACGUCGAGGACGACGACGUGACAUUAACGAAAGGUGCGACGGAGGAGGUCCUGCGGCCCUCAUUAAUAGUGGGCGCCGACGGCACGGCGCGGACCGUGGCCAUGGCGCUCGAGGAAAAUGAUCGACGAGUCAGGAUAAAGCGCUACGACGACGACAACUGCCGGGUCUUCAAGACCGUUCCCUUAGAUUUACCAGAAGGUUGGCGCGGCGACGUGAACUACUCCACGCGCUCGAAGGGCGGUCGCAUGAAUUUUGAUGCCUUGCCGUCCGACGCCGAGAACCGGCGCUACUGCGGCGUGCUGUUGUUGCGGGAAGGCGACGCCCUCGCCCAGGAGGACUCCUCUCCCGACGAAUUAAGAGCGCUCAUGAAGGAGUGCCUGCCGCAGUUCGAGCCGUUCGUGAAUGACGAGAAUUUGAAUAACAUCGCGAAGAAGCCCGCUAGUCGUUUACCUGGGUUCCGGUAUGUGGGCCCCAGGAUCCACAAGGCCGAUAGAGUUGUGCUGUUGGGGGAUGCGAUCCAUACCGUGAAGCCCUACUUCGGGCUGGGCGCGAACAGCGCCUUCGAGGACGUCACGUCACUUGACAAGUGUCUUGAUGAGCAUGACAACGGUGCCGACGCUCUCAAGGCAUUUUCAAGGGCAAGAGCCCCGGAGGCGAAAGCGCUGGUCCAGAUCUCGCGCGGCUUCGACCGGCCGGGGUUCCGAGGCUUCGUGUCGUUCAUCUUACCUAUCAUCCUGGACUCGAUCUUCCACGCGAAGUUCCCGAAGGUCUUCGGUCCGAACACGAUCGCGUCCUUGCAGCGGCGGGACACUUUUGUUAGAGUGCGCUGGAACAAGCGGCGGGACCGCUUGCUACAAGUCGCGGUGCUGGGCAGCGGGCUGUACCUCGCGGCGUCCUCUGUGCGUUUGUUGGCGCGCCUCGCUUUGUCGACGCCGGCGGCGCGGCGCACAUCCUUAAUCGGCGCGGCGGCCGUCGCGGUAGCUGGCCUUGCUGCGAAGGCCCUCUCGUUUUUUGAACGAGGUAUGGCUCCAGCGGAUGUAUUGACGAAGACGAACUCCUCGCCGGUGGCGAACUCGAACGAGGACUUCGUGACGAACUAAGACUUAAUUAA